GCUGCGUUACGAGAGGCAGAUCACAGAGUUGCUUGUUGUUAUUCUCGAGCUGAACAGAAAGAUCGACAGACUGACUCUCACCCCCAGCAGGGAAGACGAUGAGUAUCUGGAAACUUGUUCUGAUCUCAGUGACAACCAAUACCCAGAGACCAGGGUGUGUCGAUUUCCAGACCAGGGUCACUCCACAGAUUCCAGUUGCCCAGGGCAGCCUUGUCCAACCUCAAUGCUAACAGGUGAGCCCUGCGACCUUUUGCGGACGCUGCACCAGGUGCUGACGGAAAUCGAGGACACAGUGCGCACGCAGAAAGCCGAAAUCCCACACUGUGGUGAUGGCUCUGAGGAAGAGGAGGCUGCACUUGCACGCUGGGAGCUGGUCACUCAAACGAUUGAGGAGGUAGAGCGGGAGCUGGACGUUGACCUAACCCCAGAGCUACGAGAGGAGAGGAAGCAGUGGGAGGUGGACAUGGAGUGCCUGAGGGAGAAGAACCAGCGACUCAGAGAGCAGCUCCACGGGAAGGAUCAAGAGCUGCGGUCUGCUAUGGUAGCUGUUGGCAGGAUUCAACGGGAGAGGGACAAGCUCCGGCUAAAGGCUGAUGAAUUGCUGUCGUGUCUCCAUAAUGUGCAGCAGAGUGAGAGAGACCCUUCACCUCCCAGUGUUGUGGACAGAGCCGGAUCCGACACCAUCGGCAAUGAGAUUGAGGCUUCAGUGAGCAAAGAUCCUGGCUUUGUCCUUGAACAAUUGAUGCAGUCAUUCCAGGAUAGUUCCAGCAUCCAGGGGUUUUCCCGAUUCUUUCAGGUGCAUGAAUCCAAUGUGAUUGGAGUCAAGAUUCAAGAUUCAGAAAUGGAAGCAGAUCAGCUAAGAAAUUCCAUCGAUGAGUGGAAGGAACGCAACAACCUGCUGUCCAGGGUCCUGCAGGAGUGCAAGGGAGACUGCGAGCGGCUGAGUAUGUUACUGGGCAAGCACGAAUCCAACAGCACUGCACUGCACCUCGCUCUACAGUACAGUGAGGACUGCAUUGAGGCCUAUGGAAAACUUCUGGUCAGGGCUGAAACCACAGGAAGACAACCGGAUGCAGGGGAGCCAGAGGUUGACAGCAGUGUUGCCCAGCUGAGGGGAGACAUUGCGAGACUGAGGCAGGGCUACGCUGCCAUGAAACGGACCAUCCUCAAUCUGGGGGACAUUUCACCAGACCUGAAGCGCUACCAGCAAAGUGAGGCCGGGCCUGGAAGCUGUGGGAUCAUGCCAGUGGUGCAGGAUCUGGCCUUGCCUGGGUUCACCUCACGUUCCCCUGGGAUGCUUCAGCGACUAAGCAGAGGGAAGAAAGAACUGCAGCAAGAUCUCGUGACUGUCAGGGAAGAUAUGUCCUGGUUGAAAAGUCAGCUGAGUUGGAUGAAGAAGGAGAAGAAAGGUUUGGAGCAGAAGCUACAAUCUCAAGAGCCUCGGGACGAAGCCAUAAACCUUCUACUCACACAUUGGCAAGAACAACGGGACGGGUGGCUGCGGGAGGACCCUAGAACAGACCUUGUCAGGCAGGAAACCAAAUCAGCAUCCAAAUCAACAAUGUGCAAUGAGCAGCUGGUGUCUGAAGUCACAACGGUCUCCACACGAGAAAAACAACUAAGAGAUCAUAUCGAGGAGUUGGCUACAUCACUGGGGAGGCUAAUAGAAAACAACAACAACCAAAAGUAUCGGUCUGAGGAAUUGGCUACUGAGCUGAGGAAAACACACAGCAACUUGUGCACAGCCUUCAGAAGCACCAAGAAGAAGUACGAGAAUCAGCUGAGCAAACUGGAGUCACAGGUGGAUGCCAUGUCUGAGCGCCAGGCUGCCCAGCUUCAGCUGCUGGAGCAGAGACUGAUGAGGCUUCAACAGAAGCUGGACCACAACAAUGGCACACGGUUGUAGCUGGGAUCCAAAGACCACACCUCGGCCACUGGGAAAUCUCUGAGCCUAGGACCUUGCACGCAGAAAAGUCUGACUAUUUUAAUAUACUGUGCCGUCAGCAGAUUCCAUGGGAGAAUGACGUCCAUAGGUCUGGUGGGAUAUUCAAUGAGUGGGUUGAGUUUGAGUAUCUCUGGGAGGAGUGUAUUGCUAGUCUUGGGGAUCAGAUUCAAGGGGUGGGUGGAAUUUGCGAUGGGACGUAUCCUUGUCUGUGGAGAAUAUUCAAUAGGUUGGUGGAGUCCAUGUUAGGGAAGAGGGUUCAUGGGCUGUGGAUUGUCCAUGAAGAGCAACAUAAAAUGGAGAAGAAUUAAAAAAUAGAAAAUGAUGGAUAUACUCAGAGGGUUUAGCAGCCUUGGUGGAGAGUUAACAUUUCAGGACGGUGGCUUUUCAUCUGAACUGGGAAAUGACAGCUUUAAUACGCUAACUGAUCUUUCCCUAAUCCAUGUAUUCCCUAAGCACAGUCACUUAGAGUCAUAGACCACUACAACACAAAAACAGGCCCUUGGCCCAUUUACUCCAUGUCGGCCUGGUUUUCUGCCUAGUCCCAUCUACCUGCACCCGGACCAUAGCCCUCCAUACCUCUCUCAUUCAUGUACCUAUCCAAACUUCUCUUAAAUAUUACAAUUGAACCUGCAUCCACCACUUCCGCUGGUAGCUUGUUCCACACUCGCACCACCCUCUGAGUGAAGUAGUUCCCCCUCGGAUUCUCCUUAAAUAUUUCACCCUUCACCCUAAACCUAUGACCUCUAGUUCUAGUCUCACCCAACCCGAGGAGAAAAAGCCUGCAUGCAUUCACCCUAUCUAUACACCUCAUAAUUUUGUAUACUUCUGUAAGAUCUCCCCUCAUUCUCCUGUGCUUCAGGGAAUAAAGUCCCAACCUAUCCUUCUAACUCAGGUCUUCAAGUCCUGGCAACAUCUGUAUAAAUUUUCUCUGCACUCUUUCAAGCUUAUUGAUAUCUUUCCUGUAGGUGGGUGACCAGAACUACACACAAUACUCACCAACGUCUUAUACAACUUCAACAUAACAUUCCAACUCCUAUACUCAAUGCCCUGAUUUAUGAAGGCCAAUGUGCCAAAAGCUCUCUUUAUGACCCUAUCUACCUGCAAUGCACUUUCAAGGAAUUAUGGAUCUGUAUUCCCAGGUCCCUUCGUUCUACCUCAGAGCCCUACCAUUCACUGUGCAAGUCUUACCCUGGUUUGUCCUCCCAAAGUGCAUCACCUCACACUUGUCUGCAUUAAAUUCCAUCUGCCAUUUUUCAGCCCAUUUUCCCAGCUGGUCCAGACCAUUUUGCGAACUUUGAUAGCCUUUCUCACUGUCCACUAUGCCCCCAAUCUGGAUCUGCAAAUUUGCUGAUCCAGUUUACCACAUUAUCACCUAAAUCACUAAUAUAGAUGAUAAACAACAACAGGUCCAGCGCUGAUCCCUGCAGCACACCACUAGUCUCAGUCCUCCAAUCGGAGAGGCAAAUUUCUACUACCACUCUCUGGCUUCUCCCGUUAGGCCAACGUUAAAUCCAAUUGACUACUUCAUCCUGAAUGCCAAGUGACUUAACCUUCUGGAGCAGCCUUCCAUUCGGGACUUUGUCAAAGGCCUUGCUAAAGUCCAUGUAGACAACAUCCACCGCCUUCCCUUCAUCAACCUUCCUGGUAACCUCUUCGAAUAACUUUAUAAGAUUGGUUAUGGGGGGCAAAUCAAUUUCAGGAAAAGUUCCACUCACCAGCUAUGCCUCCAAUCUGUCAGCCUUAGUCUUGAACAAUGUUGAUUCUGUACAAUUGUUUCACUUCACUGUGUCAAUUUGCCACCAUCUUGGUCAGGACUGGGAAACUCUGGGACAGACCAUGUGAUGUCCUAUUUGUGGGGUCUUUCCCUGAAUUCUAACUGUCAAACUAAACCCUGCAAUGGGCAAACAUUUAUUUAAAUGCUUACAAUUUUUUAGAAAUUUAAUCCCAAAGGGGAGAGAAAUAAAUGUAACACAAGCACUGCAAAUCGAGGGAUCUCCAGUUAUGCAGGAGGCACUUCUGUGAAACAAAGAGACAAAGAGUUAGGGUUGCCGCAUACGUUGAGAUGAAGGGGCACCUUUGAACAACACACUUUCUUUUCCUAGUUUUUCUUUUCUCUUUUUGCUUUAAUGUUUUUAUUUUGUAAAGGAGAAUUUAUAGGCUCUCACUGCGCAGAGAGAAAUUAUUCUGUCCAUUGUUCCUAUGCUGAUUCUAUGAAAAAGAUCUGUAACUCCACUCUCUGCUCCCUCCCUACAGCCCUCACGAUUUUCCCCUUCAAGAAUUUAUCCAGUUGCCUGUUGAAAGUUUUUGUUGGAACUGCAUCCACUGCCCUCUCAAGCAGUGCACUCUGACGACAAAAACCUGCUGUGUAAAACACUGCUCCUCCUCGCCAAUCCCUUUCAAUCUGUGUCCUCUGGUCACCAACCCUCCUAUCAAUGGAAACAGAUUCUCCUUGUUUACUCCAGUGAAUCCACAUUGAUGAUGUUCAGCACCUCGAUCAAAUCUCUUCUGGGCCAAUAAAUGAUCCCAGUUUAUUCCUUGUUCCACCAUGAAAGUAUCUGGAUGGUUAACUAAGACAGCUGCUACAUCUAAUGUUACGUUGCAAAAUAUCCCAAUAAAACAUAAUU